AUGGCCCCGUCACUGGUUGAGAACGUUGCUCUUCGCACCGCACCAGUCACCAAGCUCAAGACCGAUGCCGGGUUCAACAAGGAGAAUGUGAUAGGUUACGGCGAGGUCUAUGAGCAUGAGAACGAGGUGAAGGGCACAGACAAGCAGCCUCCUGCCUCGUUUCCUCACUAUCUUCCCGUGUGGGACAAUGAAACGGAAAGAUAUCCACCACUGACGCCGUUUGAGCACUACGACCACGGCAAAGAUGCCGAUCCAUCGUUUCCUGACCUACUGCCUCAGGGUAAAGCCCAGGUGGACAAUCUCACGCCGACCAUUGGCAGCGAGGUCCGCGGCGUCCAGCUGAGCCAGUUGACGAAAGAAGGAAAGGACCAGCUGGCCCUCUACGUAGCUCAAAGAAAAGUUGUCGCCUUCCGUGACCAGGACUUUGCCCAUCUCCCCAUUGAAAAGGCUCUAGAGUUUGGUAGUUACUUCGGCCGACACCAUAUCCAUCAAACCUCUGGAGCCCCCAAAGGCUACCCGGAGAUCCACCUCGUGCACCGCGGGGCAGACGACCGGAGUGGUGCCGAGUUUCUGGCUACACGGACAAACACCGUGACCUGGCAUUCGGACGUGACGUUCGAGAAGCAGCCGCCCGGCACGACCUUCUUGUACCUUCUCGACGGACCGACCAGCGGAGGCGAUACUCUCUUCGCUGAUAUGGCGCAGGCAUACAGACGGUUAUCGCCUGAGUUCCGUAAGCGGCUGCACGGUCUGAAGGCGGUGCACUCUGGUAUCGAGCAGAUCAACAAUAGUUUGAACCGAGGGGGGAUUGCCCGACGGGAGGGGAUUACGUCGGAGCAUCCGAUUGUCCGGACUCAUCCUGUCACUGGAGAGAAAGCCCUGUUUGUCAAUCCACAAUUUACCCGUUACAUUGUGGGAUACAAGAAAGAAGAGUCGGACUGGCUUCUCAAGUUCUUGUAUGAUCACAUCGCGCUCUCGCAGGAUCUACAGACCCGUGUCCGAUGGCUUCCUGGAACAGUGGUCGUUUGGGAUAACCGUGUCGUCGCACACUCGGCUCUCUUCGACUGGGAAGAUGGACAAAGGCGCCAUCUGGCGAGGAUCACUCCUCAGGCAGAGCCACCUUUCGAGACGCCAUUUGAGGGGAGUCAAUAG